AUGGUACAUGAAUCUUUGAGAUUAUACGCUACCAACGCUUCUUAUACUCUAGUGCCCUAUUACCUUGAUCCAACUAUAGCAGCUCAGACUUUAGUUAUUAAUAGAGAGUCUGGUGAAUGCUUACUGGACGGUGCCAUACCCGACCCAUCCGCACACGCUGAAGCUUUAACAAUAUAUGGAGUUUUGGGUAUUAUCAAUUUAUUGGCAGGCGAAUAUCUUAUAGUAAUUACUGGACGAGAACGUAUUGGAAGGUUAGGUAAACAUGAUAUUUUCCAUGCCAAUCAAUUCAGAAUUCUCCCAUUUGCAAAAAAUAAUAACCGAUUAUCUGAAGCGCAGGCUCAGGAUGAACAACGUUAUCUGUCGCUAAUAGAAAGUCAUCUCAGAUCUGGAACAUACUAUUUUUCUUACACCUAUAAUCUUACUCACACCUUACAAAGGCAGGCACAAUUGGGUGACUUGGCAACAAAACCUUUAUGGCAAAGGGCCGAUGAUCGAUUCUUUUGGAAUCAUUAUUUACAGACAAAACUUAUUGAAAUUACCACUAACAAUCCCGAUCAGGAUCUAAGUGACUUUAUUCUUCCGGUUGUAUCUGGAUCAGGUACCGUGCUGGCACGAACGCGAUUUUUUUCGCGUGGUAUUGAUGCAGAAGGAAAUGUUUCUAAUUUCAACGAGACUGAACAAAUUGUUCUAUCGGAUCCCAUUGAGGAUGGUAAUACACCCACUUCUUUUGAAGGCAAAAUUAAAUUGUCUUACGUUCAAACACGUGGGUCUGUUCCUAUUUAUUGGGCUCAAGUUAAUAAUAUCAAAUACACACCAAAAUUGCAAAUAAUGGAUGUACCUAAUACGCUUGAAGCUUUUCGUCGACAUUUUGAUGAACAAAUAAAAAUCUAUGGAAAUCAAAUAUUAGUUAAUCUUGUUAAUAAAAAGGGUUAUGAAUCUGCUGUUGGAGACGCGUACGAGAAGGCUGUAAAACAACUAAAUGAUUCCAGAAUACGAUACUGUCACUUUGAUUUUCAUCACGAGUGUAGCAAAAUGCGAUGGCAUAGAAUACAGAUUUUGCUUGAUACUAUUGAGGAAGAAUUAAUUCAGCAAGGAUAUUUCUAUGCUGAAGAUUCACCUAUCAAAUUUCAGACAUCUAUUAUUCGUACAAAUUGCAUGGAUUGUCUUGAUAGAACUAAUGUUGUACAAUCUACCUUUGCGAAAUGGAUGCUUACACAGCAAUUGCGAGAAGUUGGUGUGUUAAGCAACAAGGAAAAAAUUGAUGAAAUCGAAAGUUUCAUGGAUAUAUAUAGAAAUGUAUGGGCUGAUAACGCUAACGCUGUUAGUAUUCCUUAUUCUGGUACUGGUGCUCAAAAGACGGAUUUUACUCGGACCGGUCAGAGAACCAAACAAGGAUAUGUUACAGAUUUACAAAGCGGUUUGACCCGUUAUGUGAAGAAUAAUUUCAUGGAUGGUGCAAGACAGGAUGCAUAUGAUUUACUAUUGGGUAAUUAUGUGGUAAAAUAUGGGGCCACAUCACCCUGGAUUGAUACCCGAACGAUGCAAAUUAAAUUGGUCCCACAAAUUUUGCUUGCAUGCUUGGCAUUCUUAAUAUUUUUAUUUAUUCUUCCAUCGUUUGAAGGAUAUGCAAAUUAUUUUCGAUUCUUGAUGUUUAUUGAUUUAGUAGUGGCAGUGUUCCUACUUUGGUUUGUUCUGGAGAAUGGUGGAGAAUUUGUAGAUUGGCCUAAACUUGUUGCAAGAGAUUACCGAGUUUAUCAAAGCAAAUUUAAUGCAUUAUCACCUUAUAAGGAAAGAACGGGGCGAAUUAACGAUUUAGGAUAUGAAGAAAAAAUUGAACUACAAAAAAUCGAGUAG